CGGAAUAUGGGCAUGGAGUGUCGCGUGAACGUUAAAGACCUUAAGCAGAGACUACUGGUUCUUCUCUUCUAGAAGAGGCAGGCAUUCUGAUCCGAUCACUGUUUUUUUUUUUUUUUUGGGUUUUGCGUUAAUUAGCCAUUACUAAUGAACAUUAAAGUUGUUGUACGGAUGAAAGAGAAAUCAUCGAAAGGUUGGGACCAGAGGGAGAAAGAGAAAGGAGAAGGAGAAGGAGACGAAGAAGAGUAAAGAUCAGAGAGAGAGAGAGAGAUGAAAGGAAGUUGUAUGGUUUGUGUUUUACGAAUUGGAAUGGUGGUAUGGAGCAUUGGUGUUCUAUGGAAUAGCAUACCAAUCGGGUGUGAAGAAGAAUGCAAGAGAAAGGCGGUGUUAUUCAACUUUGGGGAUUCAAACUCAGACACAGGCGGCCUCGCAGCUGGGCUCGGCUAUAACAUCACCCUCCCAUAUGGCCGUACUUUCUUCCGUCGUUCCACCGGCCGACUGUCCGACGGUCGCUUAGUUCUCGAUUUCCUCUGUCAGAGUUUGAAUACAAGUCUUUUGAGUCCAUACCUGGACUCAGUGGGGUCGAAUUUUACAAAUGGAGCAAAUUUCGCGAUUGUUGGUUCUUCAACCCUACCAAAAUCUAUUCCUUUCGCUUUGGAUGUUCAAGUUAAGCAAUUCCUUCAUUUCAAGGCUCGCUCGCUCCAGAUCACUUCUCAACCUCAAGGUUGUUCAAGGCUCCUGGUUGAUGAUGAAGGUUUUCUCAAUGCACUUUACAUGAUCGACAUUGGACAAAAUGAUCUAUCCGAUUCCUUCUCUAAAAAUCUAUCCUAUGAACAAGUCGUCCAAAGAAUCCCAUCUAUCCUUGCACAAAUCAAAUCUUCUGUUAAGACUAUAUAUGAGGAAGGUGGCAAGAAUUUCUGGAUCCAUAAUACUGGGCCGUUGGGCUGUCUUCCCCAAAAGCUAUCAUUAGUUCGCAAAACUGUUCAAGAUCUUGACAGAUAUGGAUGUAUACGCUCAUACAACAAGGCUGCAGAGUUUUUUAAUGAAGGUCUGCAUGCUCUUUGUGAAGAGAUGAGAUCUGAAAUGGCGAAUGCCACCAUUGUCUAUGUAGAUAUUUAUGGCAUCAAGUAUGAUAUCAUUGCUAACUCAACCAAAUACGGUUUUGAGAAUCCUUUAAUGGCGUGUUGUGGUUAUGGUGGCCCUCCAUACAACUAUGAUCUUCGCUUAACAUGUGGACAGAGUGGAUGCCGUGUUUGUAAUGAGGGAUCACGCUUCAUAAUUUGGGAUGGAAUUCAUUACACUGAAGCAGCCAACACCAUGAUUGCAUCCAAAAUAUUGUCUACAGCUUAUUCCACACCACAAUUGAAAUUCAACUUUUUUUGCCAAGUGUGAUGGACAUAACCAAAUCUCAAGUAUUCAUGAUUAUAUCGAGUCUAUAACCGAUCUUUUUCCCUGAGUAAACAUUUUUUUUCUACAUUUCAAUUAUUGUUCUUCAGUUUCCUGUGCUUUCCAAGUGUUUUCAGGAUCAUAGCUACCGGGAGGAAGGAUGAAAACCGUUGUCAUCACAUAUGGUUGUGACAUACACAGUGUAGCAAUGGGAGAGGAGAAUGGCUAGAAACCACUGUGCCAUUAUCAGUUUACUUUCUUUUUUCCAUUUUUUUCUUAGCUAAAAUUAAGGCAGAAAGGAUAGAAGCUCAGUUUGGAAGUGCAGUUCUGAUACUUCGAUUUCUGCAAUGUAGUAUGCCACAACUGUACAAAUCUGAAUUGUUGAAUGAGAAGAGGGCACAAUUUUAAUGGUUACUUGGUAUCAAA